AAAGAACUAUGGUGUUUUCCACUAACGUCACCUCCAACUCACAUCUCUGACUGCACGCAGAUUCCACUACAUUUUUAUUGCUACCGUAGGCCUAAGUUUGCCGUGUAUUCUGCCAAUAGUACGUUUACCAUUCAAUAGGUCUUCCACGCACUAUUAUUUCUACCCCUCUAUUCUUCAGAUGCCAUUCUGAUCAAAUCCCCAGCCCACUUGUGUUCAUUAGUCUUGCUUGUUUCAUUUUGUUCCAAUGGAAUCAGCUAAGCAGCUUUGCAAUGCUUUUGAGGGAAUUGCAUCUUCAUCUACAUCUGCAUCAAACAAGGUCCGCUACGAAGUAUUCAUUAAUCAUCGGGGCGUUGACACCAAGCACCCGCUGGCCACUUCUAUUUACGAUGCCCUCAAUGCCAUGGGACUUAAAGUUUUUCUGGAUGAAAAAGAGCUUGAACUGGGCGAUUUCAUAACAGCUGAAAUAGAAGAGGCCAUGCGCACCUCUCUCCUUCAUAUUGCCAUAUUUUCGCCUAGAUAUGCGGAGUCUCCCUGGUGUUUGGCCGAACUGUCAUAUAUGCUCAAAACCGGCAGCACAAUCAUUCCUGUCUUCUACCAUGUUGAGCCGAGUGAUCUCCGCUACCUGAAAGGACCAUUUGGCGCUGCAUUUGCGGAGUAUGAAAAGAAGAAUAGAUAUACGACAAAACUUGAGGAGUGGAAAGAGGCGCUAUCCAACAUUUCACUCCGUCAUGGCCAAGUUCUGAAGGGGAAAUCUGAUGAUGAAGGAAAGUUGUUGAAGAGCGUCGUGAAUUGUGUGAUGAAACACAUGAAAACAAAGGUUUAUAUGGAGGUAGCCAAAUAUCCAGUGGGUCUUGAUGAGGCAGUAAAUGCUUUUGAAAGUAUACUUGAUUCUUCUCAAAAUAUACAAAUUGUGGGGAUUGUCGGCAUGGGGGACUCUGGGAAAACGACCCUUGCCAGAGAAAUAUACAAUAGGAAAAGUUCCUUAAUAGAUAAAUCCAGUUUUCUUUUUGAAGUCCGAGAUGCAGAAAAUAAAAAUGAAUUGUGUAUAAGACAAAAGAAACUUAUGCAAGACAUUGGUGUUAGACCUGAAUUUGGUAAUGUAGAAGAAGGGAAGAUAUUCCUUAAAAUGAAGUUGAGAUUUCUUCAAGUGUUUGUAAUUUUGGAUGAUGUAGAUAGUUUAGAACAAUUAGAUGCUCUAUUACCAGGAAUUGACAGCUUGGGACAAGGUAGUUUAAUUAUUGUUACAAGUCGGGAAUUGGGCAUUCUUAAAUCAUGGGGAAUCUCAUCCAUUUACCCAAUAAAAGGAUUAAAUCCUAGACAUGCUAAGGAGCUUUUAUGUUGGCACAGUUUCCUACAAUCUUCUCCUCCAAUUGAAUUUGAAGAUCUUGUUGAGAAAUUUGUACAUAAUUGCAAAGGAUUGCCCUUAUCUCUUAGAGUAUUUGGAGGACUGCUUUAUAAAAAGCCUAAGGAGUAUUGGAAUUCUCAAUUGAAAAAAAUAUCAAGAAUAUUACCCCAUGACAUUAAAGAAAAGCUUAAAAUAAGCUUCAAUGCACUGGAUAAGGAGGAGAAAGAAAUAUUUUUAGACAUAGCUUGUUUUUUCCUAGGUGAAAAAAAAAACGUGGCCAUUGAAGUGUGGGAUGGGUCGGGAUGGUGUGGAGUUCAUAGUUGGGAAGUGCUUGAGAAUAAAUGUUUGGUUGAGGUGGACGAGUGCAAUAAAAUCAAAAUGCACGAUCAGCUUAGAGAUCUUGGAAGAGAAAUUGCAAAGGAAUGGUCACCCCACCGUAUUUGGUCAACGGAGCAAAUUAAAGACAUUCAGAAACAGGCCACCAUGGAAAGAGUUAUAUUGAUUCGGGGGAUUAAUGCGGCAACCUAUGAUUUCUAUCAAGUGUGCUCACCCCAUCAUGGUACACCUUUUGAAGAGUGUAUGGAGCUUCUGAAAGGCUAUUCUACAAAGUUUAAUGCCCUUACACCUUCUAUCUUUGUUGUGAAGUCUCCUUAUUUUACAGAAGAAUGUGCAACACUAUUUCCAGCCCUCCUCUGGCUGCGAUGGAGCAAUAUACCGGGGCCAAUUCUUCCGUCGUGGCUAAUGCUGAAGAAUUUAAGAGUUUUAGAGCUUCCAGAUGCUGGACAGUUACAAGAAUUGUGGAACGACACAGAUCCUCCUUUGGAAUUAAGAGAGCUGAAUCUUCAAUAUGCCAAGAGUUUCCUCAAAUUUCCGGGGUCAAUAGGAUGUCUUAAACAUUUGAAAAAGAUAUCCGUGGACGCACCAGUGACAUAUAGUCUUGUGGACAGUCUUCCAGAAGGGUUUUGUCUACUUGAGUCGUUGGAGCACCUCCAGCUAAGUGGAUUUGAGAAGCUAACAUCAUUGCCUCGCGAGUUUGGUCUUUUGACAAACCUGCGACAUCUAGAUUUGAGCUAUUGCAGGAAAUUGAGGAUGUUGCCUGAUUCUUUUAAGCAGCUCAUAAAUCUACAGUAUAUCGAUUUGAGUGGUUGCGAGGAGCUCACCUUAACGUCAGAGAACAAUUACAUUUUGGAAAAUAUGACAAAGUUGGAGACUCUAAAUUUUUCAGCAUGUAAGAAAGUUCAGAACCUACCUCGGGAUAUCACAAAGCAGUUGUCGUUGAGAUAUCUGUAUGCGGAAGGCACCGGGUUAAGGGAAUUGCCAAGUAACAUUGGCGAACUGAGCAAAUUGGAAGUGCUGGAAAUAGGAAGUGAUUUCUCUUGUGAUUUAAAAACUUUACCUGAGUCUAUGGGUGAUUUGUCUUCUUUGACUAGUCUUACCAUUUCUUAUUUUAGUCAAUUAAAAACUUUACCUGAGUCUAUGGGUGAUUUGUCUUCUUUGACUAGUCUUACCAUUUCCUAUUGUAGUCAAUUAAAAACUUUACCUGAGUCUAUGGGUGAUUUGUCUUCUUUGACUAGUCUUACCAUUUCUUGUGGUCAAUUAAAAACUUUACCGGAGUCUAUGGAUGAUUUGUCUUCUUUGACUAGUCUUACCAUUUCUUCUAGUCAAUUAAAAACUUUACCUGAAUCUAUAGGUCAUUUGUCCACUUUAACUCAACUUUACAUUGAGAAGUGUUAUGAAUUAAAAACUUUACCUGAAUCUAUUGGUCAUUUGUCUUCCCUAGCCCAUCUUAAAAUUGACGAGUGUUGGAAGUUGGGAUCUUUGCCUAAGAACUUAGGAUGUUUACCUGAGCCAGAGAGAAGUCUUAGUCAGUCGGAAGAACUGAGCAUAAAGUCUCUGUCGGGGUCCUGUUCUUCUUCAUUGUGCAACCUCAAAUCGAUAUAUUUAUACUGCACUCCUGUGUCGAGGAUAUCAAUCUCUCAACAAUGCUGCCCCCGUCUGGAAACUCUGGACCUUCUCUAUAACCAGCAGUUAGUAGAGAUCGAAACGUUGCCAACAUCAGUAAAGGCCUUGAAGUUGAGCAAUUGUAAAAUGCUGGUGGUCAUAAGUGCUUUGUCAGGCAUGGUAAACCUUGAGACACUGCGUAUACAGAACUGCGGGGACAAGGUACAAUUUGAAAUCAUAGAAACUGCUGACCAACCAUCCAUGCCAGCCAUAAAUUUUGAGCAUAUGGAGAGACUGCAGACGCUACAGCUCGCAGCAGAAUGCAACAUCUCAGCAAUUGAACUUUGCCUUCAGACUAUAAAGAAAUGGCCAUCGGAAAGUAUAAUAUGCGGAAGGACAGAGCGUGGUGUGGAAUCAGUUAUGAAGUCUUCUGCCUUUCCUGGUCUCACUUUGGUUGAUUCAUGCGUGGACGAGAGUAGUGGUUGUAUAUAUGAAAGACGUUCGUUGAGGUUAAAAUGCGGGCAGAGGCAUCCUUCCAACGCGGCAGCGAUGGUGUGUUUUCAUAUAAAUUGCACUUCCGCAGAUAAUCUUCUACGCUUCUACACCCAAAACUUCGACACCAGCAUUAAUAUGGUCGUGGGAGAGGGGAAAUGGGUAUGGUUAGGUGUUUUCACACAACCUUCCCUUACGACAGAGGAGUACACACUAGAGGGAUCUGAAUGUGAUUCAGGGAGGGGAAUGGUAGUGAUGGGCGAGCAACAAAGAGUUGUGGAGGCUUUUAAAAAAUUACUGUUAUUUUUUGGCGGUUGUGAAUAGGCUGAAUGUUUUUGAUUGGUGAUCAAGACAGAGUGCUCCACUGGUUUAAAAAAUUGCUGCUAUAAUGUAAUAUGAUUUGCAUUGAUUAUAA